UAACCCCUGAAUAACCCCUCAAUUUUCCGACUUCGACGGAGAUAAUCGGCUGCCCUGUUCGGGAGAACUAAAAUCUAAAUCGGAAGAAUACGCUGUGCGGGAAGUCGGUGUCGAACACGGGAAUCGAUCGUAAGCUGCGGGAGUGAAGCUCUUGAAGGCGGCGUGCUGGCGGUCGCGGCUGGAGUUGGCCACGGGUACGUAAUUUGUGCGAAGUGAGAGGAGUUCGCGCGGUUUGGUUUGCGUGCAGUCCUGUUCGGUUCUUACACCAUCAAUCUCUCUACCUGCUCGAAGAAAUGUCUCACCGACAGCGUCAGUCAGAAGGCUCAUGGUUCUCCAUGCGUAACUUUCCCAAAGCUAGAAGGUUUUUAAGGAAAUUUGGUUUUGAAAAAGAGGAUAUCUACUUUUGGAAGCAGAUGGGGAAAGCAAUGCUCUGUACUUAUACGAUAUUUGGACUUGCGUGGUUGUGGAAUGAGACAUCUCCACUUGGUUGGUGGACGUUCAGGCCAAGGCCAAAGGAAGAAAGAGAAAUGGCUCACUUGUAUGAGCGAAGAAGAUUCCCGUAUCCUGGCGACAAGGAGGCAGUCGAGGAGUUCAUUUUAAAAGGUGGUAUGCUUGGGACUACCAUUGGACCCAAAGGAAUUGAAGACUUGGACAAAGACAGUGAGAAUUUCCAGAAGAAACUGCAGUCUGAGAAGUUUGAUCAAGAGGCUAAGAAGCUCUGGUCUCGCAUGAAGAAUGAGGUCAUUCAGGAGCUUCAAGAGAAUGGGUUUGAAAUCAGAGAUAAAUGAAUGAUUGUAAAUAAAUGGCAGGUAUUGCUAUAGUUUCCGAACCAGGAAAAUACUACUGCUUUGUAAGUCCUUUGAAGCAUUAAUAAACUUAAAUUGUUGUUCUUUACUUGUUGUAAUAGACUGUUUGUAAGGAGUCGAACUCUACUGUACUUUUUAUAA